AAAGCUUAAGAUUAGGAAGGAAGUUCUCCACCCAUAUCAGGAAGUCAGUACUUCCUCAAAACUUCUUUGAGGAAGUAAUCACUUCUCCUUUGUUCCUUUAAGGAGGCUUGGUCUUCCUGCAUCUGAAGGGAUACUGGCUUUAAAGAGGCUCAGAACCCUUCCACGCUUGCAUACCUGGCAGAGGAACAGCAGACAAAAAUCUCUGAGCCUGGGACUAACCACAGCCGCUGUCCUCAACAGGAGCCCCAGCAAGGAGACCAGAAGAGAUGAUGCUGGAUCUUCCGGGACCUUUUCUUUUCCUCCUGUUGCUGCUGGGAUCAUGGGGGCCAGGGCAUCCACUUGGUGCUUGGGCUCAACCCCCAACCAGGGCUCAAUGGUUUGCAAUUCAGCAUAUAAGUACAGGUCCUGUCCAAUGCAACAUGGCAAUGCGUCGUGUCAAUAAUUAUAAUCAGCGCUGCAAGCCUCAAAACACCUUUCUGCAUGACACCUUCCAGAACGUGGCUGCUACCUGUCUUUUGCCCAAUAGGACCUGCAGGAAUGGCCAGAAUAACUGCCACCAGAGUGCAAAUAUUAUUGGCAUGACUUACUGCAGUCACACUGGAGGGACAUAUCCCAACUGCCGCUACAGUACUACUCCCCAGAACCAGUUCUACACUGUUGCCUGUAACCCCCCUCAGCCGGGCGACCCUCCCUAUCAUCUAGUUCCUGUGCACUUAGAUUAAGACUGAGGUUUUCUUUACAUUCCCUUUCACCUGGUGCAGUUUCUCUCAUGAUCUCUUCUGCCUUUUCUUUCUCUUUGUUGAUUUUCAUGGUUCCCACAGAAGAAAGAAGAAGGGGAGUGGACAGAGUUGUGGACAAGAGUGAUCAGAUACUUUUCUGCUUUGGAGCUCUGUGUGUUUUGAAAGAAGGCAACAGGGAAGAGGGCAAAGAAAGACCCACACCCCCUACUUUCAAUCUUGAAACUUCUGUCAAGCUUUGUUGCAUUGUGUUCACAGCAAUAAAAUCACUUUCUGUUGCACUGUAA